UUGCCAAAGUUACUCUGUCCAUCGGUCCGGGUUUCACGUCUAAACUACUGUGACAAAAAUAUAGAAAUAAUAAAAUAGUUUGGUACCUACUGGGUUAGUUUGGAGUAGCCUGAUAAAAGAAAUAGGUAAAUUAUCCGGGUGCGGGAAGUAGUUCCUUCGGGUCGCACGUGGAACCGCGGGUAACAGCUAGUUACUAAUAUAACGUAAAUAAAUAUUAUUAACAUAGACAGGUACUUCAAUUAUGCACUUUAUAAAAUAAAAAUCUUUAAAAAAUCCUUAUUGUUUUCAGAUUCUAUUUACGGAUUGGCACAAGAGCAAGAUAAACACUAUGAUUCAAGUAUACAUCCAUCUUCUCGUCAUCAUGACGAGUGUGGUACUAUCGUCAUGCUACUGCCCCGAUGAACUGAUCCACGGUACUGGUCCGUGCUCCUUCCGCAUCCACUGCACCGGUGACAUCCGAGGAGUUCGCCUCCCCAUCGAGUGCACCGAAGCUACCAACUUCCCCGUCAACGUCGAAGUUACCAUCACUGACGCCGUCGACGGUUUCGACGAAAACACAGACUUAGAAUUCCUCAAUACAAUCACCAGCCUCAAAAUGACAGGACAAUGGCAACACGCUAAACUAACCAUACUCUCCUACACUCCUAAACUACAAAACUUAGUACUCGUCAACAACUGCAUCCAGAACAUAUCAGGUGGACCCUUCUAUUAUUUAAACAGUCUCAUUACUCUUAAUCUGUCACACAAUAGGUUAACGGACAUUUCUGAACUCUUCCAAUUCGAAAAUCAACCAAAUAAACUAAGAGUACUCUCACUUGCAUAUAAUGCUAUCGAGAUGUUACCAGGCGACGCUUUCGGUGAACUAUCCUCUUUGGUAGAACUUGAUCUGUCAUAUAAUGCUAUCUCUGAUUUAACUGAGGAGCCAUUUUUCAAUCUUACUAAACUAGAAAAGUUAAGAUUGAAUAAUAACAGAAUCAAGGAUUUGAAUGGUGCUGUAAACAGUUUACAAAACUUGAAACAUCUGUAUUUGAGAGGCAAUUCUAUACAACACAUAAACGAAGAGUCACUCAUGAUUAUUAAACACUUAGAAACCUUUGAUAUUUCAUGGAACCAGUUGGAACAAAUUGAGCCGAUCAUGUUCUCAAGGCACUGGAACCAUUUCGGUAACCAUUCCUUUUGUAAAAUCAUUCUCACUGGUAAUCACAUUACUAAUUUACCAAACGCAACUUCCAACGAGAUAUUUUCUAGAUUUGCCAGGAAUUUAGAAAAAAAUAUGAAUAUAAACAUAGUUACUGAACUAGAUUUAUCAUCGAAUGUGAUUUCAAACAUUGAAUACAACGCAUUCCAAUCGUUGAUGCGACUCGUUACUCUUGACUUAUCUAAAAACAAGCUCAUUGACUUUAGAGUCGACGCCAAUGAUCUCGCUGACAUCAAAUGCUUGAACCUGAGUGGUAACUACAUUUCCCAUUUGUAUUACGAAAGUUUCGUAUACAUGACAAACUUGCAGAACCUUGAUUUGUCUCACAACAACAUUAACUAUAUACCCGAUAUGACUUUCAACAACAAUUACAAUUUGAAAUAUGUUAACAUGACUUUCAACGAAAUUGCUAAACUUGAUAAUAUUUACAUAAGAAUGUUCCACCCGGAAGGUGGUAGCUUAGACCUUUCCAAUAACGGAUUGUUCAAGCUUCAUAUACCACACGGGGAAGGCAUAAGACUAGAGAAACUAAUAUUACGAUCAAACAUUAUAUCAGAUCCAACACUAGUAGACCUUAGCCAUCAAACAGAACUGAAACAACUUGACAUGAGCGUCAAUCAAAUUGAAGAUCUGAACUCGACAUCACUCUUGCUACCCGAGUCGACGCUUAUGUAUCUAGACUUGACUUGCAACAAAAUACAAAGCAUAGGUCCGGCGACUUUCAAAAGAGUGCCCCAUUUGAAAACGCUUCGGCUGGGCAACAAUCAGUUGACGAAGUUAGAGUACGGAGCGUUCCAAGGUCUAACCGAUCUCUCGAACCUGGAUUUAUCAUACAACAGGAUUACUUAUUUAGAUUCAAAGUAUUUAUUGGACUUGAAGUAUCUACACGUUCUGUCUUUGAGGUCGAAUGAUAUGAUUUUUUUGGACAUGAACAGUUGGUACGGGCACAAGGUUGAUUUGACGUUGUAUGUUGACAAUAAUAAUCUGACUUGCGAGUGGUUGGGACGGGCCUUGAAGGAUUACAACAACGGGUACACUAGAGUUAGACCCACCGCGUUGGUUGGUGGCAAAGGCAAAAAUACUUUAGAGGGUAUUCCCUGUAUAGCCGAUGAGUCUGAGAGAUUAACCGGUGCUUCUCAAAAUGUACUGGCCGACGAGCGUUUGUUGGUAACCAGUCAAAAGAUUCUAGAAGAGGUACGGCAACAAAAUUAUUACUUUAGGAAAUUUUUUCAGCAACAAAUGGAAAAAUCGAAAAUUUAAAUAGGAUUCAUAUGUUUGGAUAAUUCAGUGUUUAGCUUUAAAAUGUAUGUAUUGAGGGUACUUAUUUGUCUUGGUUAUUAUUUUGAGUGAAUUGUUUAAUACAUUUUUAUAGAAUUAGUAUGCAAGAUAUUUUUCGCAAAACUCUAUAGCGGUCUGCAGCUAGGUUCCGCACCUGAGUAUGCGCAUUUAGAGGCACAGAGUUGGGAAGUUACCUACCUCACUGGCUCCUGCGUGAGCCGCUGAAAUCUAAAAGUGUUUUCUAGCCACUUGGUCAAAAUUCUAUAAACGACAGCCAUUCUGAAGAGAACUUUAGGUUUUCCAUUACUGAAACACUGAGAUUUUUUUACUUUUUAGGAUUUAUGUCUUCGGUUACUCGCUGUCUAACUUUAAGUUAAAUACUAAAGUUAUAAUCUUGUACCUAUAUAAAAUAAAUACGUAAAUGACAAUUUGUAUGAAAAUGCCUGCGAAUAAUCGAUAUAUGUAGUUCUAAAUGGGAAUCAUACCCAGUUUAACCUGAAAUGUUACAGGUAUUAGAAUUGAAUUUAUUUGCUAACAUGUAAGUAUUCGUAGAUAUAAAUAUUCACCCCAGUAUUUACUUAUGUAUUUUGUAAUAAUAUAGUAAUAUUGUGUUCAAUAAAGUUAUAAUUAUAACCGUUAUUA